UAAUACUUCUAAAAAUCUUUCGACCUUGCAUAUGCUACUUGUUCUGAAUAACGCACGAAAGCAAGUUACACAUUUGCAUUUGGGAGACGUCUCGAAAUUUAUCACGGCUGAUAAAAACGGCAAACAAGUAAAUACAAAUCGUAUUGUUGAUGAACUGAGGCGGCGCCGCUUGUGAUUAUGUACACAAACACGAUAAAGAAUUACUAAAUAAUACAGUACGACACAAUGAUACAAAUGAACCAUUUUAAGUAACAGUUGCCGAUUAUUUAAAAUAUUAAAAAUACCUAUGUGUGACGCAAACUGCAAAUUACUGCAUUUUAAUGUGACGGUAUUUAACGCAAUUUUAAAUCAUAUUUUUAUUUUUUAUUCCUAUUUAUUGAAUACAUGUAACUUUUUAUUAAAAUUUAGAAUGGAAAUUUAUUAAAAGAAAAGAAUUUGAUUAAAUUAUAUCAGGAUGUAUAUUAGUAUAAUCUACCAAGUUGUACAUUUAUUUGUCUUUGUGAUUGUAUCUGACAAUGGAAAUAAAAAACAAGUCAAUUAACGCUUAAAUGGAUCGAGAGAAACGUUCGUUCGUUAAAUACGAGGUCAAGCACAAUCGUGUAUGCGCGUGUGUUUUAUGUCUCUUUGAAUUAUCUCCUUUAUUGAAUAUAUCAUGUGUCGAAUGCGUUUCGAUCAUUCGCAGUCUGAGGGGAAAAUUGACGAGAAGAAUUUACAUCGCCGCGGACAAGAAGAAGCGUGUAAAGUACAACAGUGCCAUCCGACAAUCGUGUUCGUAAAUAAUACUUGCGCCCGAAAGAUUAAGAUAGAAUAGAAAGGAUUCCGAGCGCUAGUUUUAUUGCUAACGCCCUAAAGUGAUACAGCAGUAUUAUCGUGAGGAACAGUAACAAGAGAGAUUACCAGCUCCAAGUCGCUAUAAAUAAUAUAGUGUUCAUCUACGGACGAUGCGACAGCGACGGCACAAUGGGAAUUUCCAAGAACAAGUCAAUCAGUGCGGAAAAUCUGGUACGUAAUGUUCAAAAGAGAAAAUUAAAUUUUUAUGUAAAAAGAGAACUACUUAUAUUCCUCUUUCCCUUAAAAAAAAAAAUAUAUAUUUCUCAGAUAACGUGAUUAUGUAGAUACCCGCACCUCGAGAAAUUAGAGGAAUACAAGUAUUCAUAUGUUUCCUACAGACAGCGGUGAAUGUGGCCUUCUGCUUUUAAGCCGUAUUUAUCGAUUACGUGUUUUAUAUCAUUAUGCAAGCUGAGAAUUAUACGGCUGCGUACAGCCCUAAAUCUGGCUCAAGUACAUACAUAGAUUUAGAUUCUCUCUACGUGCAAUAGAGCGAUCAAACAUGCGGAAUGUUUGCGAUCGUCGUUUGCAUUAUUUCAACAUCAACAGUACAACUAUCAAAUUGAUCGUUUGCUCUUCUAGAACCUGAUAUCGGAGAACGAAAUUUAGUUCAAGUAUACGCAAACUGUACGAAUUUAACAUAACAAGUUCACGCACGCGUGUCAUGAGUUAAAAAUUCAUAGCAUGUAUCAAAUCUGUGAAAUUUUAUCUCUGAUUUUUGCCUUGAUUUUUGUUUGAUUGAUGUCCUUUCUAUUCAUAAAUAUAUAUAUAUAUAAAAAGAAAUUAAAUUUGUUUUAAAUUCAACGUAACUGUUUGUAUUUGCGUUACAAUCAAUAGCGCCUCGUAUUAUCAAAUCAUAUUUUUCUGUUUCAGCUGAGAUCCAACUUGACAAGCGGAGAAGGUACGUUUUGCUUAAUACGUUUCACCAUGACAUAGAUAUUAAGAAUAUUUACUCGUUGAUUAAUUGCCGUAAUAUAUCUCGAGAAUAAUGCACGUAAAAAAAACAAAAAGUUUUUUUUUUAUUAGGUGCUUAUAAACGCUCUCAUUUUUCGAUUUAUUAUACAUAAAUUUUUUACACCAAUGUUUGAAUAUGGUUAAAGCUCAGAAAAAUUUAAUAGUUUAAAUUAUUUGUUACAUAAUAUAUUCCUCUUUAUCAUCACCAACAUCAUCAACAGUUUAAUGCAUGUGAUACAAUUUGAAAAAUACAAGAAUAUUGACAUCUCCAAAAAUCGAAUGACGAGAUAUAGAAAAAGUAUUCGGUACGUAGAUAUUAUUAUUAUACAUAUCAAUAUUUAAGAAAGCCGAUAAUGGAGGAUGAUUACAAACUAAAGAGGCAGCUAAAUAUUACUGGAUGUUCUUUCGAAAGCACAUGAAAAAUUAGUGGGGAGAAGAGAAUAAUCGUCUACAUAAUUAUUUUGAGUAUCCGACGACAAUACUAUACGUUGAUUCGAGUUGUAAAAAAGAAUUAGGUAGGAGUAGCCACGCAAUAUGAACAGGAAAGAGAAGAUUAUGUCAAAUGAUUUCAAGUACACAAUUUACCUUCAAAUAAUAAAAAAAAAAUUCAAGAAUAAUCAGCCAUUAUAUAUAUAUAUAUAUAUAUAUAUAUACACACUCUAGAAAAGACACCAUCAGAAACGUGCUCCGAUAUAGUGUAUUCAAUAUAUCAUGUGCACCUUGAAAUGCUGCGUCCCGAUUUCGUGGCGAUCACUUGCGCGUCUCUCUCUCUCGUCGCAUAUCGGUGCGUUUGCCCUCGUGAUUUCCCAAGAUCAAGAGAAAUCUGACCGAAGUACUGUUCCUCACAGAAACGCCUCCGUUACUGAUUAGAGCCAAUAAACUCAACGGUAAACUCGAGCUGACGCGAUCGGAUGAAUUCCCUCGAGAUUACGCAGGAGUAGAAUUUUGGUGGGCGACGAGACCGGCAGUGCCUAUCGACUAAGAUCGACUCGUUAGUGCGUAAUCAGAAACAGAAACGAGCCGGUAAACCGCGAUUUACACGAAAACAAAUUUCUUUUCGGGCAACAAUAGAGAAUUUCUAUUAUCGAUACGCACUUUUUCUUAUUUUCUUUUCUUACUCCGAUUUAUUGCGCAACGAUACUUUUGGUUCUGACACUUUCUCUUCAGAAUCGGAUAAGAAGAACGUUCGUUAUUAUUGUCAAACUAUAUAGAAGAGCACUGGAGCGACGAUAUGUCGACUACUCCAGAAUUGACAGUCAGACGGCCGGUCUAUCAGCAGGACGAGCUUAAUCACUUGUGUAAAUAUGUGAAGCCCAAGAGAAUCUUUAGCAAUGAAAUGUCAAGACGAUGCAAAAGUAUCAAGCCAAUUACGUUUUUAAAGAAAUCUAUACCUCUAAUCGACUGGCUUUCUUCAUACGAUUGGAAAAACAAUAUUUUGGGAGAUAUUGUUGCCGGAAUUACUGUUGCUGUAAUGCAUAUUCCACAAGGUAUGGCGUAUGCGAUUUUGGGCAACGUUCCGCCGAUUGUUGGUAUAUAUAUGGCUUUUUUCCCGGUCCUGGUAUAUUUUUUUCUUGGCACAUCCAGACACAACUCUAUGGGUACAUUCGCGCUCGUCUGCAUGAUGACUGGAAAAGUCGUUACCACAUACAGUACCAGUGCAAUUUCGGUAAAUAGCACGUCAGUGGGAAACGGUACCUUAAUUUCCGACGUAAGCCAUCAAUAUUCGCCAGUGGAGGUUGCAACCACUGUCACAUUCAUGGUUGCCAUUAUACAGUUAGGGAUGUACGUGCUGCGUUUGGGCAUAAUCUCGUCUCUCCUCGCGGACAGCCUCGUAAGUGGUUUCACGACUGCAGCGGCGAUUCACGUGUUUACAUCGCAAAUAAGGGAUCUCUUCGGGCUGAGCAACCUGCCACGACGCAGGGGUGCGUUCAAGCUUAUUCUCACUUAUGUAGAUAUUUUCAACAGUUUGAACGAUGUCAAUAUAACCGCCAUAAUAUUAUCUUGCAUCACUAUUUUAGCACUUAUCUUCAACAACGAAGUUCUUAAGCCAAGAGUCUCAAAAUUAUGUCCCUUCCCGAUUCCUAUAGAAAUGCUUGCGGUAGUAAUCGGUACUCUGGUAUCGAUGCAAAUGAAUCUGGCGGAUACUUAUAGCGUGAUAACUGUCGGCGCUAUACCGGUGGGAUUACCAGUCCCAUCAAUGCCACCGUUAUCGCUUAUACCUCACAUCUUAGUGGAUAGUUUCGUGAUUACCAUGGUCGCUUACACAAUAUCGAUGUCUAUGGCGUUGAUUUUCGCGCAAAAAAUGGGUUAUGAGAUUGAUUCUAAUCAAGAAUUAGUAGCGCAGGGACUAGGUAAUCUUGUAGGCUCCUUUUUUUCCUGCAUGCCUAUCUCGGCUUCAUUAUCCAGAACGUUAAUUCAGCAAACUGUGGGCGGACACACACAAUUAGCAAGCUUGAUAUCAUGCACAAUCCUGGUCAGCGUAUUGCUAUGGAUCGGUCCAUUCUUUCAACCUUUGCCACGCUGUGUUCUAGCGAGCAUAAUCGUGGUGGCAUUGAAAGGAAUGCUGACAAAGGUCACUGAAUUCAUGAGAUUCUGGAGAUUGGACAAGACGGAUGCAGGAAUUUGGGCUGUCACCUUUGCCAUCGUAAUUCUUUUUGACGUAGAGUACGGUUUAUUGGUCGGCAUACUUCUUUGCAUCGCGCGAUUACUCGUCCUCGCGGUGCGCCCUUAUACGUGUAAGCUUGCUCUAGCGCCCGGUACUGAGCUCUAUCUGGAUGCCAGGAGAUAUAAAGGAACCGUAGAAAUUCCCGGUAUAAAAAUCUUCCAUUAUUCCGGCAGCCUGAACUUUGCAUCCAGGCAAUAUUUUCGCGAGGAAGUAUAUAAGAUUGCGGAACUAGUGCCUCGAAAAGAACUAAACAGACGUCUAAAAGUCUCGUGUUGCGGCACCGCGGCAGAGGAAAUUAAAAAGCUACGGAUUCUCAUAUUGGACUUUACCGCGUUGUCGCAUGUCGAUCUGGCAGGUGUGAAUGCGAUGCGAAACAUCGCCGAUGAAUAUUGUGACAUAGGAGUGUCUGUUUAUAUAACGGGUUGUUCCGGUCCAGUUUAUGAAACGAUGAGAAAAUGCAGCCUGGCCGAGCACAACAAGAAUCAUUUUUUCGCCAUGUUUCCCACCGUAGCCGAUGCGGUGCAUUUCGCACGUUCUCACAGCGAGAUACCUGCGUGGAACACUCAGAUACAGGAUGAGAAUUGUAUUAGCAGACUAUGAGACUCGCAUAACAUUUGUAUACGAUAACGAAAAGAACGAUCGUUUCUCUUUAUUUAUUGUCACGAAUAUUUAAGUAGUUAUUAUCACAAAAAUUGAAGCAACUCAUGUAACUUAUUUAAUGUAGAUGUUAAUAUAAGUAUUCGACUGUAGUGUUGACUAUUCAAUUAUGCGCGGACACUUUUAUAUACUUUCGAUCUUAACUAAUACUAAGUUUCUCGAAAAAAAUAUCGUGAAUGCUUAAAUGUGUGACAGCAAAUUAUUCAUAUGAUACAGUAGGUGAAAUAUAGAUACAAAUUAAACUUGAAACGCGUAGAAUAAUAAAAUUAGAUAAAUAAAAAUUAUUGAUUAAUAAUA